ACCCACUUUUUCUCUCACACUUUCAUUGCUCCUUGCGGCUUUCCUGUCCCCCACAAAGAAUGGCAACCAGCAAAGCCGUCACCAUUGUCCUUAUCGCCGCCAUGUUCACCUUAGCUUGGGGGCGGACACCGGCCCCUGAACCGGCUCCUGAACCGGCUCCAUCUGUUUUUGGACCGUCUCCUGCUGCGGCACCGGGUUCGGACUGCACCACUAGCUUGCUGAACACGUCGGACUGCUUGUCGUACGUGACAAAUGGAAGCAAGGCUACGAAGCCGGACAAGGCUUGCUGCCCGGAGCUAGCGGGGCUGUUGGAAAGCUCCCCUAUUUGUUUGUGUUAUUUAUUUGAUAAGAACAAAACGGCGAGCUUCGGGAUCAGUAUUGAUACGAGUAGAGCUCUCAAGCUUCCUUCUGUUUGCGGCCUUACUACCCCUCCCGUUAGUUUGUGCUCCGGUAAUAAUUUCUUCUCUUUGAUUUUUCAUAUUGUCUAAACCCAGGCAUGAUCCGUUGAAAAUUAAGGGUUUACAGCACCAUAUUUAAAUAUGUUGAUGUGGGAUUAGAAAAAACAAUACUGUUCCGGUGAUAAUUUCUCCGGAGUAAGG